CCUUUCCCUGGGGGAUACAGAAUUAGAGACAGGAAGGACACCGUUAAUCGAAUCCUAAACCUGUUCGAACUUGAAUUUUGCUUCUUCCUUCUUAUAUAAAUUUCUGCCCCUUUUGCUACCAACUCUAUAGCAAACAUGGAGGCCGCUGGAGUAGUUUCCUCCCCUGCUCUUCGCUUCUCCGACGCCGGAGUCGAUAAUCGCUCUUUGAAAUUACGUUUCCGUCAACUGGGUAUGGUAAAUUCUAGAGUAUCAUUCAAAACCAGAGAUGAUACAGGGAUUUUGAGUCGUGGAUUUUCUGAUUCUGGGCAUAUGCAAUACUAUGUGUCCCCGUCUAUGGGUGGAGGAAAGAAGCAGAAGGAGAAGAGUAAAGAGAUAAAAACAGACAUGAAGAAAAGGUUGAAGUUGAUCAAAAGAUUGUCCAAAGACUUGGACCUUUUUGGCCGUACGGUAACUGUUGAAGAAUAUGGCAGCCGUUUGGUGCAUGAUUUCAAAGGGAGGACGCUGCUUUCGGAUGCAACGGAGGUUUUGCUUGCAGAACUGCAACAACUUAGAUCAGAGCAAAAGGAGCAAAAGAGAAAAAGAAAAGAAGAGAAAGCCCGGCGGAAAGCCACAUUGGUCAAAGCCAAGGCCAAGGUUGAUGCUGGAUCAUCCUCCUCCUCCACAAGCUCUUCACCAGAGUCAAGCGACAGUGAUUGUGGAGUGGUAAUGGGCAUUAGCAGCUUCAGAAGCAAUGCUCUGAAGCAAUUUAUAGACCACGAAAUAGAACAGGAACAGGAGAAUAAUAAAGAACAAGCCACAUUGGCCGAAAUUAGUUCAUCGAAUCAAGAAGAGGAACAGAAGAAUAAUAAAGAACAAGCCAUGUCGGCCGAAAUUAGUUCAUCGAAUCAAGAAGAGGAACAGAAGAAUAGUAAAGAACAAGCCACAUUGGCCGAAAUUAGUUCAUCGAAUCAAGAAGAGAACAACAGUUUCAGUCUUCGAAGUCUCAGAGAAGAUUGCUGCAAUGAGUGUAGCAGGUCAAACAACUCCAUUGAUCAUGAAACUAGUGGCAUUGCAUCAGGCAGGAGGAUUGAGAUUUGCAUGGGGGGCAGGUGCAAGAAGUUGGGAGCACUUGCAUUGUUGGAAGAAUUUGAGAAUAAGGUAGGAACGGAGGGUGCCGUUGUGGCGUGCAAGUGCAUGGGGAAAUGCAAGAACGGUCCUAAUGUGAGGGUUCAAAACGAGAGUGCAAAAGGUUCUGUGCAACCUCCGACCAAUCCUCUACCAUUGUGCAUUGGAGUAAAACUGGAAGACGUAGAUGAGAUUGUUAGAAAUUUUCUGGGCAAAGACAGGAACGAUAAUUGUCUAAUGGCAACCUCUUAAAGAGACGCGUUUAUUUUCUGAAUAUUUCGUUAAUUAGCCUUUUUUGGGUAGAUUCUAAUUGUGAGGACUCAACAUUCGUUUUCUUAGGGUGAUUUCAUAUGUUACCAGAGAAAUUUCAUACAUUUCAACAUUACUUUAGUUUUGCUGGAGA